AUGGAACCAAUCUUGGGUCGCUCCUCACAAGGUCAUAGCGAACACCUUGCACAUCAAUGCAUCGUCGCCUUUAUAAAGUAUCGUGACACUCCUAAAGUGCUUAAGAUGGCUUUCGGGAUUUGUAUCCCCUUUGAAUGGUAUGAAGGUAGGUGUUGUGAACUGCCUAGGUGGAGUUGCCUGCUCAAUUUCAUUGGUGAACGGCGAGGAGUUCACUUGGUAUACUUCUAUGCGUAG